AUGCUGCGCACUGCACUCUUCGUCCUUGGGACGUGCUAUCAAGCACAAGGUUGUUCCCGUGUAACAUAUACCGCAAGCGAGGAUCGCAUCGUUGUUGGACGGUCUAUGGACUUUGUCGCCGAGACGAACACGACAUUCGUCGCCUACCCAGCUGGUUUGAAACGCACUGGUAGCAGUGUUGAAGCUAAUGGAUACAACUGGACAUCCAAAUAUGGAUCCGUCACGGCUCUCAUGUACGGCAGAGCACACAUCGAUGGCCUCAACGAAAAGGGCCUCACAGGGAGUUGUCUCUACCUAGACGGCAGCGAUUAUGGAAAGCGCGAUGAUAGUAUUCCUAGUAUGUGGGUUGGACAUUGGGUACAGUACUUUCUCGACCAGUAUGCCACCGUCGAGGAGGUAGCUGAUGCUGUCUGCCCUGGUAGAGGCAAGGCACCUUUCCAAGUUGUGCCCACCUCCCUUGUACCUGGCGUCAACUCGGUAGGACAUUUGUCAUACAGCGAUCCAUCGGGAGACAAUCUUGUUAUGGAGUAUGUCAAGGGGAAGUUGAAUUGCUAUCAUUCGAAAAACUAUACCGUCAUGACGAAUGAACCUACGUUCGAUCAGCAACUCGCAAUCAACACCUACUGGGAGCCAAUUGCCGAGUCGGCUCUUCCAGGAACAUCAAGGCCUGCUGAUCGCUUCGUCCGACUCUCACAUUACCUAUCAGAGAUUCCCCAGACAAAAGAGAUAACAAAGGCCAUAUCUUAUGCCGCAGGAAUGAUCAGGGCUGUCAGCGUUCCUAUUCCUCAAUCAAUCACCCCCAAGCCCGGCGCAGCAGACGUCUGGCCGACUUACUGGCGAAUCUAUUACGACCUGAAGGGUUCAACGAUUUUCUACGAGUCCGCUUCUGGUCCUGAGUUGUUCUGGUUCAGCCUAGAGGACCUUGAUCUCUCAAAGAACGGUACCGCCCAAGUUCUGGAUGUUCAGGCUGCUCCGUGGGAGGAUCGUGUGGGGGAUGUUUCUAAGCGCUUUAAGAGGGCUACAAAGGAGCAAUGCGCAGAGGCUGAUACGGAAUGCUAG